AUGCCGGCGCGCCGUUUCUUUCGCUUCGCCGUCCGCCAAGAGGCGCAGUGGACUUCGCGGGCUCGCGCCUAUGGCACCGGUCGCCAGAAAACGACUCCUCCUGUGCCGCCGCCUGAGCUUCGGGAAGCGGCCGCUGCCUGCAGACAGCCCGCUUCACGCAUCCGCGCCCGCGCUCCCCGCGAAGCGAAUUCGGAACGCGGCCAGCGGCGAUGUGGUGCUGGGGGCGCGGGCGCGCGUCCGGCGAAGAGAAAAGCCGGCGCAGAGGAUUCGAUUCGGCGUGUCCGCCUCAGCGACUGCGCGUCUGAGACUCGCCUGCGGCCGCAGAACGCUUUUCGGCCGGAACGCAGUUCGCAAGGCACAUGCUCCACGGUGUCACCGCCUUUUCAGGGCGUCUGUCUGUUGAAUUCUCUGCGCCUUUUUGGGUCGAACUCUCUGCGCCUUUUGGCCCAAGUCUCAGAAGGGCGUCGCGCGCCCUCGCGCGCUCUCUGGAUGCCGACUGCUCGCGCGCCGGCGCGGGGCUCUCUGCGCCGCGAGCAGCCCGCGCCGCCUUCGCCCCCUUCUGUCGCCGCGGACUUCGCGGCGACGUGUGAGUCUUUGCCUUUCUCUCUUGCCUUACGUAGACGAUUCUCUUCGCGGCCUUCGUCGUCCGACGGCUCUGCGCCGUCGGCGCCUGAGAGCCUGCAGCCCAGUGACAAGUGCCGGCACUUGCGGCUGAGACCAAGCUCUGCAGGCCAGGGGAGCCGCGCAGGAGGCUUUUCGGACCUUCAACAACUCUUCGCGGCAACGUACAUUCACCCGGACGACGACGCGUGCCACGCAAGCGCAAAGAGGGCAACAAGAAAGAGGAGAAGAGGCAGUCGCAAUGCUGAGGCAGCGUCAUCCGAGGCCGGCAGCUCCACGAGCCCUUCCACCAGCACCUCGCUCGUGAUGCAAAACGAGUCUGCCUCUCCCUCCUCCCUCCCACAGUCCAGCUUAGAGACCUCGUUUCCUUUAGACGUGUCGCCUUCGCUUCCGGGUUGGAGGAACUCGCCAGGCGCGCCGUCGGAUGCGUCUUUCGCUUCCGCUACGCAGCGCGAGACGCCCUCGUCCAGCGCGCGCGCGUCUCUACAGGGUUUCUCGGCGGCCUCCGGGGGCGACCAGCGUUCUACAGAUAUUCCCAGCUCUGCGUUAGCGGACGUCUCCGCCGCGGACCCUUCCUCGCUCCGAUUUCCCAGUCUCCCGCAUCCCCGACCCUCGCCUCUUCGUCCUCCUUCCGCCCUCAGGGCCUGCUCCAGGUCGGGGGCAUCGGCCGUUCUUUCCGCAUCUCUGUCUUCUGGUGCUCCGCCGCCUGCUUCCAGCCAGCAGCCGCCGCGAGAGGCUGCCGAAGAGGACCUCGACGAUAGCGACCCGGUGGCCUGGCUGCUGUCCUCCUCGGCCGUCGCCUCCACGGACGUGGCUGCGCCCUCCAAGCCGACGCCGCCGCGGCUGUCUCGGCGGCGGACGCUGGCUCGGGCGGCUGCCUCGUCGCUUUCGCGGGAGCGCAACAGCUGGAUGUCUCAGCCGCAGGUGCUGAUCAAGAUGCUGUUCAAGGCGUCUCAGAACAACGUGCGCGACGCGAAUUUGUGGAAGGUCUUCGUGCAGCGCGUGGCGCUGACAGCCAUCCACAUGAACGCAGACCAGCUGGCGCUCACGCUGUAUGCGUUCGCCCGCGUCCGCUACUUCGACGCGCGUCUGCUGCACACGCUGGCGCCGUUCAUUUUGAAGCUGCUUGACGCGUUCUCGCCGCAGGGCCUCAGUCUGGUCUUGAACGCCUUCAAAAAGCUGCGUGUGCACAAAUACGACACGAUCGAGCUCAUCGUCAACCAACUCUGUCUGGAAAUCCACAGAUGCGGCGCACAGGACCUCGCCCUCGCAGCCAACAGCCUGGCCUUCUUCUACGUCUACCACGCAAAAUUCUGGAAACUCCUCCUCAAACACCUUCCGAGGGUCGGCCCUAAACUUCUGCCCCAACACGCCGCCGUGAUCGUCGCGGCCUUCGCCAGAAUCGACCUCAGAGACGGCUCUGCGCUUCUGUUGCUCUCUCGGAUUCUGAAGAAGAAGUCUUUGGCUCUAGACCAGGCGCAGCUGGCAGUGGCCAUUAGCGCCUUUAGCAAGCUGGAUUUCACGCAUCCAAAAUUAACGAUCUCAUUCCACAAGGCGGUGCAUCACCUCUUUGCUCAGGACCCAGAUCCCUUCGACUCUCAGGCGCUCUGCUUGCUUCUCCACUCCACGGUGUGCCUCACAGGCGGCUCCGAACAGCUGAUUCGCAAGCUUCUUCUUGCCCUCGUUCGGAAGUCGCCCUCCCUCGCUGUCCAUCAGACGCGGAAACUGCGCCACACAGCGACUGUCCUUCAGGCGCACCACCCAGACCUAUAUGAUCAACUUGACGAGAACGUCCGGCGCUUUUUGGCGGACGUGCGAGAGGCUAGCCCGAAAGAGCUGGGCGACCACGGGUCGCGCUGGGCCAUCGAGGUGGCCAGCGUGCUGCAAGAAAUGGGAAUUUCUUUUCAGCGGCGUCUGUACAUCAGUGGCUGCCGCGUCGACAUCCUGCUUCCCGAGAAGAAAAUCAUCAUCAUGUGUGCGGGUCCGCAUCAUUUUUAUCUUGACUCGACAAGGCGAACAGCGUAUUCAAGACUCCAACAGCGCUUGCUGGAGCUUCAGGGUUACUCGGUGUGCGUUCUCCCGUACUACGAGUGGUCGGAGUUGCAAAGCCCAGAGGAGAAACAACGUUUUCUGUGGACCUUUGGACGCCGCGCUGCCGCAGAGAUUCAAGCCCUCCACGCCGAGGAGUGCUCCGAUGGCGGCGACGAGACGGACGACCACGCUGCGUACGCGAAUUCCUUCCUGGAAGACCCUGUCGAGUUGGCUGUAGCCGCGGAGGAGGCAUUCGACGCGGACGGAGACUCAGAUAGCGACGGCGACCGCCCACCGGAUUUAUUCGAAGAAGUCAAGACGAAUUUCUCUCAGGACGUCCCCAAGGGCCGGCGGAGGGGACGCGGCGCCGCCCACUCAUGA